GCAGCAGCAGCGGAAACUCUUUGACAGAAGGACACUCUACAACUCUUAAACACCAGUUUACUGUUUUAUAUUCACUGUUUUAAUAUCUGUAUUAUCUUUUAAUUACUGUAUAAUUGUAUUAUCUUUACUGUUUUUCACUUUUUACUAAUUAAUUGUAUUUUUGUUUUUCAGGUUACUGUAGCGGCUGAGGGAGCUCACCGGUCAGGUAUGGAUCCCCAGUGGAGGAGCGAACCUCUUCCAACAGUGGCGCAGUCAGGAGACUUUUCUUUCAGGACUCGUCCUGUGUCUCCGUGGCAGGGUGAUGAGCCAGCCGCCUGGGAGGAGCCCCCGCCGUGUCAGCCCGGGUCUCUCGAGAUGAAGCGGCGGGCCCACAUUAAGAUGUGGAUAGAAGGUCAGCUGGAGGGACUCCUGCCCACCUCCCACCCAGAGUCUCCAUUGCUUUCGACUACACCUGCAAGGUAUGGCUGCAAGACUCUGGUGGCGAUUGCGGAGCAAUUAUCUUUAUCUGUUUUUGGACAGUGUGAGGAAGCCCGGAUCGCGUCCCUCACCACCACCUACCCCCCGGAGACAUUCAGCCAGUCAGAUGGCCCGAUGCUGGUGGCAGAGGCGGAUCCCUCUUACAGGCUCGACACCACUGGACCAGUGCCUAGGAUUAUCCCAGGUCCAGCUGCACAGGCUGUGGCUGACUUGGAGGACGACAGUGGAGAGGAGGAGUUCCUGGAGCAAGCUCCUAUAACACAGUGGGAGGAAGCAGAGGUAGCGUCGCUCACCACCACCUUCCACUCGGAGACAUCCAGCCAGGAAGUCACUGCACUAUUGCCCAUCAUUAACACGCACAUUAUUUCUUAACACCUCGCCACCAACAUUAAAACCUCAAUUUUCUCUCGUUUCAGGUCAGGUGUCGAUGUCCUGGUGCUGGAUGCAGAGGCGGAUCCCUCUCACAGGCUGGACACCAACAGCACCGAGCCUGAGUCUGAGCCAGUGCCAGUUGCACAGGCUGAGGGGGAUCUGGAGAACAGCGUGGAGGUCAUGGUGGAGAGCAUAGAAACAGCUCCCAAAAACAAGAGAGGAUGGCUACAGCGCUGCCUGAGACUCUGGAGGAGCACAGCCUCUACCCUACUUUCCUGCUGUCCUUACAGGGUAAAUAGAUUUAACAAAAAAUGGAGAGGAUAGAUAGAUAAAUG